CUCCAUCGACGUCGAGUUUCUACUUUCCUUCGAUUAGGGUUUCUGCAGAAUUCACUUUGGGUUUAAUUUUCUCUGGAUUUCCAGAUUUCGUUUCUUCUGUCUGUUGCUUUGUGUUGAAUUGUCUCGCGAAUACCGUGGUGAUGAUCGAGAUCUAUUCUUUGGGUUCAAUGUUCUCUGGAUUAAGAAUCUGAUGUUGCUGAUUGUGGCUUCUUGAGUUCCGAUUUGGCUUCACUGAUUUGUGUUUAUGCGUUCCUUGAUUUCGUCUGACUUUCUUUAACUAUGUCUCGGGUAAUGAGUGUUUUUUGAUACUAUGUUGAUUCUAUUGAUCAGUGAUUUGUUCCGGGAGACAGAGAUGCAUCCUCCAUUGACACUACACAAACACCCGAUGUGUGCAGAUAUAAUCGAGGAAUUUCAGAAGUGCCAUAUAGACCAUCCUAUUGCAAAAUUCUUUGGAGAGUGUACAGAACUCAAAGUAAAGCUUGAUCGCUGUUUCCGGCAGGAGAAAGCUGUGAAGCGGAAAGCCAACUUUGAAAAAAGCAAGCAACUUCAAGAAAGGCUGAAAGCUAUAAGGAAGGAGACUGCAGACAGUACUACUGCUGAACAAUAACGGGCAAGGCAUGCCUAUUUCGUUGUUCAGUUCAGUCGGAUGAUAUGGUGAUUCGCCCAUAUCCCAUGGUUGAUGGGAUGAUUCUAUUGAUGCUCAUGGAUAUAUGUUCCCGCACAAUUGAUUAAAUGACCUUGUAUCAUGCUCUGCAAUAGUGUUUCAUACAACUUUUUCUGGUGAAUCAGAGAAAAGACACAAGUACGGAUAUUUUUGUCGGGUUAAUACAGAUGAUUCUGAUUGUUGUC